AUGAACAAUGCUGAGAUGGACAUUCCUCUUUCCCAGUUUCCGAGUCCCAGCCCACGUGGGUCUGCCAAGGAGCCACAUGUUACAGAUCAGAGCCACCCGUCCUGCCUCUCCAAUACUGCGUCGUUUUCCUUCUUAAAAUUAGCUGCAAAAAGUGUUCUUGCUGUAGGGAAGAGCUCCUGCGGCUUCUUCGGCCAUAGAGACAGCCCGGGUCGAUGCAGGAGUCUGCGUUCCCUGCACUUCACGUUGGUCGAGCUGCUCUGUGCCCCAGAGCUGCGGACCCCGGGGCUGACGAGGUCACCAUGGCUGCUGUUGGCUCCUUUGCUGUCCCCAGCUGUCCCCCAGGUCACCUCCCCUCCUUGCUGCCUGUGUCCAGAGAGCGUGCACAGGUUCCAGUGGAUCAGAAACCUGGUUCCAGAGUUUGGAGUCUCCAGCUCUCACGUCAGGGUGCUGUCUUCUCCCGCAGAGUUUUUUGAGCUCAUGAAGGGGCAGAUAAAAGUAGCCAAGAGGCGGGUCGUGAUGGCGUCCCUCUACCUGGGGACAGGUCCUUUGGAACAGGAGCUGGUGGAUUGCCUGGAAAGCACUCUGGAAAAGUCACUCCAAGCGAAGUUCCCUUCAGACCUUAAGGUGUCCAUUCUUUUGGACUUCACACGGGGAUCACGAGGUCGGAAGAACUCUCGCACGAUGCUGCUGCCACUCCUGCAGAGGUUCCCGGAACAGGUCCGGGUCUCCCUCUUCCACACCCCGGACCUCCGCGGCCUGCUCCGGCUCCUGGUCCCGGAGCGCCUCAAUGAGACCAUCGGCCUCCAGCACAUUAAAGUGUACCUCUUUGACAACAGUGUCAUCUUGAGCGGCGCCAACCUGAGUGACUCCUACUUCACCAACCGCCAGGACCGCUACGUGUUCUUGCAGGACUGUCCCGAGAUCGCGGACUUCUUCACGGAGCUGGUGGACGCCGUGGGGGACGUGUCCCUGCAGUUGCAGGGGGAUGACACGGUGCAGGUGGUGGAGGGUAUGGUGCAUCCUUACAAAGGUGACCGGGCUGCAUACUGCAAGGCAGCCAACGAGCGGGUCAUGGGUGUGGUCAGCUCGGCCCGGGCCCGCCAGCAAGCGCUGCAUGCCCAGACUUUCCACAGCGACUCCCUGUUGACCCAGGAAGACGCAGCAGCCGCUGGUGACCGGAGGCCAGCCCCCGACACCUGGAUUUACCCUCUGAUACAGAUGAAGCCCUUCGAGAUCCAGAUCGACGAGAUUGUCACCGAGACCCUGCUGACAGAGGCUGAGCGCGGCGCCAGGGUCUACCUUACCACCGGCUACUUCAACCUGACCCAGGCCUACAUGGACCUGGUCCUGGGCACGCGGGCUGAGUACCAGAUCCUGCUGGCCUCCCCGGAGGUGAACGGUUUCUUCGGGGCCAAGGGGGUGGCGGGCGCCAUCCCAGCGGCCUACGUGCACAUCGAGCGGCAGUUCUACAGUGAGGUCUGCAGCCUCGGGCAGCAGGAGCGGGUCCAGCUGCAGGAGUACUGGCGGAGGGGCUGGACAUUUCAUGCCAAAGGCCUCUGGCUGUACCUGGCCGGGAGCAGCCUGCCCUGUCUCACGUUGAUUGGCUCUCCUAAUUUUGGGUACAGGUCAGUCCACCGGGACCUGGAGGCCCAGAUCGCCAUCGUGACGGAAAACCGGGCCCUGCAGCAGCAGCUUCACCAGGAGCAGGAGCAGCUCUACCUGAGGUCAGGUGCCGUGUCCGCCGCCACCUUCGAGCAGCCGAGUCGGCAGGUGAAGCUGUGGGUGAAGCUGGUGACUCCGCUGAUUAAGAACUUCUUCUGAGGAUGACAGGGAUGGCCUUGACGAAGAUGACGGGCAUGGCUGGCGUCAGCUCCUUCAGCCGCGCUUCGGCGAUGACCCCGGUCUGGGUGUCCCAGCGAGCUCCUGCAGGGACAGUGCCGCAGUGAGGGCCGGCAUGGCCCGGAAGCGACAGGAGCCCGGCCUUGAUCCCCACCUCUGCAGAGACAGGUUGGUGCCCGAGUCCGCCGGCUCGGCUCCGCCCCCGGAGAGCUCAGGCCAGGUGCCGGGGCUGGACUGGCACAGGGAUGCUGACGAUGGACUCGCACACGGGGACCGGGCGGUAAUGAGGCGCUGCCGUGUGCCGCGGCCCGCCGGCUCCAUGUUGCAUUCGUGGGGUUUCAGCGCCAUCCGCCAGCCUUCCUAGCUCACUCCACUUUAUGACUCCACUAAGUAGCAGCAGGAGGCGGGGCCUGUGUGCACACGCGCAGUGUGACUCUGCGUCCUCACGCACGUGCGACUGCUGUCUGCUCUAACUGGGCUGCUCUUGUUUCUACUCAUCCUAUUUAAUGACGUUAAUGUUUCCUGUCUAAUUUCAAAAUAAACAUGGGGAUGGCUGCUGC